CACUUUAUCUCUUUCUCUUAACCCUAAUGUCUUCCCUGUUUUCAACAACCCAACUUCUCCCAAAUCUCCGUCUUCUCACCGUGAAACUGAUGGGAUUCCGUUCUUCCAUGUCAAGAUCGGAGUACAGAUCCAGAGAGGAUUUGCGGUAAGUGAAGAAGAAGAAGAAAAGAAUGUCUCUUUGUCAGAUCUGUUCGAAUUUUGACAAGAUCUAGGAGGGAAUGACCCGUCCUUGAAUUUCUUUUCAGAUAUAUCACAGGCUCCUGGGGCUUAUAAUCACAAACUUUGACAGCAACAUCCUUGCCUUCCAAGUUGAUCUGAUAUACGGUACCAGCCCCCCCUCUUGCAAGCUGUUGGUCUUCCCUGAUGAGAGGUUCAAUCAUUGACCAGGGAAUUUCGGUAGCUUUUGUUUUCUUGUCAUUCCACUCUGCGUUUUCCUUACCUUUCCUAGAAAAUUUAAGCUGGUCAUAGUUAUGAUAAUAGUUUAUUCAUUGACUUGUAUGCAAAAAACUCGCACAAUUUCAGAAUUUGUUAUAUCAGAAGAACAUGGAUUCAUCUGUAGGCCACAAAACAGAGAUUCACUUAAAGCACUUCCUACCAUAUAGAGAAUCUAAACAGUCAUAGCUUCAGUAAAACUAGUAAGUAUGCAGACCAUAUGUACUUUCAUUUGUAGGCUACAAAACAUGGAUUUCGCCUAAAGCACUACCCACCUUCUGUUUACUAUGUAUUUUCCUAAUACUAUGUUAUAAAAAAUUAUUGCGUAAUUUAGAUUGGCUUGGAGUGAACUACACAACAGGCCAAAUUUUAUACUAGAAACUUCUGUAGAAAUUAGUUUAGCCACCGGUGAUUAGGUGUAACGCAGGAAAUAAAAGCCCACGUUGCAGAAUGAAAAAGGGGAUGCUAAUUCUAAGGGAGAAAAUUCAGAAACGAAAUCAAAAUUCCAACACAUAAACCCUUAACCUGCUAAGGGAAAAUGAUUGCAGAAGGAAAAGGGGAUGCUAAUUCUAAGGGAGAAAUUCAGAAACGAAAUCAAAAUGCAAACCCAUAAACCCUAACCUGCAAAUGGGAAAUGAAUGGAUAAAUUUCAACGGAUCAACUCAAAAUGUAAAUAGAAGUAGUAACUUGCCUGCUACUGGAUGCUUCAGCCUUGCUGCUCAUCUUUGGGCCGUUGGCUGGUUGGGUACUUCACUGUUCUUUGAUGGAGGUUGAAUUUCCAGCUUCUCCUGCACCAGAAUUUCUAUUUCUGCCGUUUUUUUUUAUAUGUUAUAUUGUAUGAAAAUAUUAUAAUUAUAAUGUUAUGUAAUAUUAUAAAUUUACAUCUAUGAG